AUGCGAAAGACUCCGGCGACUGGCGAUCUCCACCAUGGUGGUCUUCCUGAAGGAGUGUUCCCCUUCGCAAGCCUAGACAGAACAACGCGCGCCAUGAGUCAAACGCGCCGGGAUGCACCAGCUGAAGAAAACAAGGAGGACGAAGACGAUGUACCCCUCCACCGCAAGCGGCCAUUUGGCAGCGGCAUCCGCAUGGAGCCGGUCAAGUUUGUUCCCGCAUCAUCAGAUCUGCAGUCCGUCGCAACAGAGCCAUCUUCGGUAUCGACCCAGGCCGGCCAGUCCGCUGCGGAUGCAUACCUCAGUAUUGUCAUGGCGAAAGCCAAGACAAAGCCCCCGUCCGAGAUCAAAGACGGGGAUGCAUCCGAUGGUCCGCCGCAAAUAUUCUGCGAGACAUGCAGGGUUUCUGUAGGCACCACAGAGCAAGAUCAUCGGCAGCACCAGACGACAAUGGCGCACCAGCUCAGCCUCCAGCACUCACAUCCACCCUCGGCCCUGGAUAGAUCUCGUAUGGGCCUGACCUACCUCAGAACUUACGGGUGGGACCCGGAUUCUCGUAAAGGCCUAGGCGCCGAUGCUCAGGGCAUCGUCUACCCCCUCAAGGGGACUGUUCGGGAAGACAACGCAGGCCUGGGAAUAGAUACAAAGCCUGAAGACGGUAAGAAGGAGAAGAAACCCGAGCCGAAGCCGAGGCGGCUUGAUGCCGGCAAAGUUCGCAAAAAAGCGGAGGAGGACCGGAAGAAGACCGAGCGUCUGCGCCAGCAACUUUAUAGCAACGUCGACUUGGAGAAGUACCUCGGUUCUGGGGCAUGA